ACGUGACGCGGGAGCUACACCUGAGAUUCUGUGGUUUCGUUUACCUGGCCGUGCCGAGUGUACGUGAGCUAGCGAUACACGAAAAUUGGAGUACAGCUCCUUUUAUUCCAUAUAAUGUAGGGCAGUUGUGAUACUGAUGUAAUGCUACGGGAGUGAGGACAAGUGCAAGGGGAAAAAAAGGGGAAUUGGCGUAGAAGGUGAACACGGCAGCAGAGGCCGGAAGUUGUUCCGCGAGCUGCGCUGGAGCCCGACCUUUUGAUUGACAGGCUGGCACUCGGUUCACCGAGACGCCGAAGGAUAGGCGACUAUCGAGGGAUCCUGUAGUGUCGCAAAGUUUAAGCCGCACUUUUUCGUAAGACGCUGCGAUGGCAUCGGGCGCCGCUUCCAGCCCGAUGGUUAUACUGGCCCCAAAAACGAAGACAAAGAAGAAGCACUUCGUGCAGCAGAAGGUGAAGGUACUCCGAGCCAGCGACCCCGUCAUUAGUGUCUUCAUGUGGGGAGUGAAUCACUCGAUUGGUGACCUGAACCAGGUACCCGUGCCCGUCAUGCUGCUCCCUGAUGACUUCAAGGCGAACACCAAGAUCAAAGUCACCAACCACCUCUUCAACAAAGAGAAUCUGCCGGGACACUUCAAAUUUAAGGAAUACUGUCCUCAGGUUUUCCGGAACCUCAGAGAGCGGUUCGGAAUUGAAGAUCUCGAUUACCAGGUGUCUCUGGCUCGUAGCCCCCCUGUGAGGGGAGGGGAUGGCCAUGCAGAGGGCUUGCUUCUGACAUCAUAUGACCGCACGUUAGUGGUCAAGCAAAUCUCCAGCGAGGACGUUGCAGACAUGCACAACAUUCUCUCUGAAUAUCACCAGCACAUAGUGAAGUGCCAUGGCAGCACACUGCUGCCCCAGUUUCUGGGAAUGUACCGUGUCAGCGUGGAGAGUGAGGACACGUACCUUGUCGUCAUGAGGAACAUGUUCAGCCAUAGGCUGGUCGUGCACAGGAAGUACGACCUCAAGGGGUCCCUCGUCGCUCGUGAAGCAAGUGACAAAGAGAAGGGAAAAGAACUGCCCACCUUUAAGGAUGUGGAUUUCCGCAACAACAUGCAGAAGGUGCAUGUGAGUGAAGAGCAGAAGGAGAAGUUCAUGGAGAAGCUGAAGAGGGAUGUGGAGUUCCUGGUCAAGUUGAAGAUCAUGGACUACAGUUUGCUCCUUGGGAUCCACGAUGUGGGGAGGGCAGAACGAGAGGAGGAGGAAAUGGAAGAGCCCUGUGCUGAGGAAGAGGCCGAGCCUGAGAAUGGCUUGGCACCUGCCCCUACGGUGGGCUCCUACGGGACCUCCCCUGAGGGCAUUGCUGGCUACUUAAACUCUUGUAAGCCUCUUGGGCCAGGAGAGUUCGACCCCUAUAUUGAUGUGUACGCCUUAAAGAGCAUUCCUGGUGCUCCUCAGAGGGAAGUGUACUUCAUGGGUUUGAUUGAUGUGCUGACACAGUACGACACUAAGAAGAAGGCCGCCCAUGCAGCCAAGACAGUCAAACAUGGGGCUGGUGCAGAAAUCUCUACAGUCCACCCUGAACAGUAUGCCAAACGAUUUCUCGACUUUAUCACAAACAUCUUUGCAUGACAUAGAGGACUUCCACUCCAAAAAUGCAUCUACGGCCUACUUGAUGUGGAAAGAGGUCUUAUUUGUUUUCUUCAGUGCUCCUGUCUUAAAGGUUUUUCUUUGCCCCAUGUAUGUUGUAUUUCAUGCCAGUUGCACACACCCAAAGAAUUUUUGUUAUCCUGCUGGAGCUUAUUUCUGUUUUUACAAUGUAUUCCAUGUUCAUAUUUAUUACUCAAGUGUAUGUGGUACAUCAUGGUAAACGCUAGCCUCAGUAAGAGGAUAUGUAGAAAGGACAGGCCUGGAAGUGAUACCAGUGGUUGAGUUUGUUUUUGGGGAAGAUGUCACACUGAUGAGUUGUUGGGACAGCAGUCAGGAGGUUGUGGAGUCAAAAAUGAGCAACGGCGCAAAGCCCCACAACAAGACUGUUGAAAUUGUGAGCAGGGAUGGAGUCGGGAGUGGACUGGAUAACCAUAGCAUAGAUGUUGACUUGGUCUGUUCUUGGAGGAGGAAAUUCUGAGGUUUUUGCUGUAGAGAUGAGCCACUGUGUUUAAUUGUAAUUUCCAUUGUAAUUUACACCAGUAAAAAUAUUUAAGGAGCCUUCUUCAUAAAAGCCACGUUUAGGGACUCGUAUGUUCAGAUUUUGUAAAACAUAAAUUGAUGAGACUGUGCAGUUUUUAUGCCUUAUAACUUUCAUUUUCUUCAUGUUAGAUUUUGGACUAAAUAUAAAUUGCACAGAUUUUCUGAAACCAUGUCAGUGCCCUAUUUCUUUCUAGGUUAUCAGUACUUUACAUAAUGGGAUGUAAUUGUAAAAAAUUGCAUGUUCUUAUACAGCGGAAAGGGUUAGAUUGUAGUUCCUGGUCUUCAGCCUGGUAUUUCCCUUUGGCGUUCCCUUGGGCGAUAUACAUUUUCCCCUUUGCCGGGGUUAGCAAUAAACAAAGUGUGAAAAAUAUCAUUUAACGCCUAAUGUCGACCUUGAGGACUUCUGAUUGUACUUUGUGGGGAUAUGAAAAUAAUUAGAUGAAAAGUAAGCAAAACAGAGGCCUGUGGAUAUUUCCACCUUCAUCUGUCCUUGCAUAAAUGAUAGUGGGGUCAUCCCAUACAUCCUGUUCAGAACACGAACAAAGCAUAGAGCAAUAAAAAUUUUGCACGGUGCCAAACAUUUAUCUUGUCUUCCCAGUUGCUGUACUUCCAGUAACACUUCAGUCUAGCGGACAGUUAUGGAUAUGACCAGGUCACAAAUGUUUUCCACAGUCAUCAUUCCGGGGCAAAAAAAUGAGGGUCAGUGUAGAUCUUAACUAGAGAAUUGUGUAUAAAGCAUUGCAGGGGUUCAGAAUAAGUGCCCGAAUGGAUUACUGGAGAA